AUGGAGGAUGACAGCAGAAUAAUCAAUGAUGAUGAAUCGUGCAUCACUAAUGAUUGUUAAGUGAACGAGACUUAAAUUAAAUAAUAUAAAAAGGUUAAAUUGUUGGGAGUUGGAGCAUAUGGUAAAGCCUAUCUUGUUUCAUCUGAUGAUUAAGAUGAAAUCAAAUAUGUUAUGAAAGUAGUACCUUAAUCAGUUUCGGCAAAUACAGAAGCAUCAAUAUUAUAAAAUCUAAGACAUGAUAACAUCAUCUAAUAUGUAGAAACCUUCAUAGAUAAUAAGGAUAGAUUAUGUUUAAUUAUGGAAUAUGCAAAUAAUGGUACCCUAGGCUAAUAUCUAAAAUCAAGAACACAGCCUUUGCCUGAAGCAUAAAUAGUUGAUUGGUUUACAUAAUUAUGUUUAGCUUUGCAAUGCGUACAUUCUUAAAAGAUAAUUCAUAGAGAUAUAAAAUCUGAAAAUGUUUUUUUACAUGAAGACAAAAUCAAAUUGGGAGAUUUUGGAAUUGCUAGAUCAGUGGAAUAAGAUUUGGCAACCACAUUUAUAGGAACCCCCUAUUAUAUUUCUCCAGAAAUAAUACAAAAUUAACCUUAUUCAUAUAAAAGUGACAUAUGGUCUUUGGGAGUACUUCUCUAUGAAAUGUGUACAUUUAAAUAUCCAUUUACUGCUGAUUCAUUACCAGCUCUAGCCAAUAAGAUCAUGAAAGCAAAAAUAUAACCAAUAAGUGCUUAGUAAUAUUCAUAAAAUAUGAAAAAUUUAAUAUAAUAGCUUUUGUAAUUGGAUGCAAAUAAGAGACCAACUAUAGAAUAAAUCUUAUGUAUAUCAUUUAAUCAUAAUUUAGAAAAUGCUUUAAUCCAAAAUAGAAUUAAAUAAUUAAACAUUAAGUAACAACAAAUCGUAAAAAUACCUGUUUAACCUAUGCAAAAGAAACAAUAACAUUAAGUUGUUAUAAAAAAUGAUGAAUACACUUAAAAUAAAAAAUUAUCUCGAGAGGAAUAAUAGAAAUUCAUGAGAGAAGAUAUUUAAAAGAAAAAAUGCCAACAAAAACCUUAAGAAGUAGUGAUAGAAUUAUUUGGUUAACCGAAAGUAAAAUAAGAUUAGCCUUAAUAGUAAAUUAAUUAAAUAGAUAAAAAAUUACCAAAAAGAAGAGAUAUUCCGGUUGAGAUUUAUUUGCCUUUUAUAUCCAGAUCUGAGUUUUUAGAUCAAUAAUAAUAAUAAUAAUAAUAAUAAUAAUAAUAAUAAUAAUAAUAAUAAUAAUAAUAAUAAUAAUAAUAAUAAUAACUAACUUAGCAGAGUUAAUCUCUAGAUGUAGUGACUAACAAUAAUAAUAAUGAAUUACAAUUAGAAAGAUAAACAUCUGAAAACUCAUUAAAUUAAGAUUUACCAAAUUAAAAGUUAGAAAAAUAGUUCUCCAAAAAAUAAGAAAACCUCAAAUGUGUUCCCUAAGACACAUAAGUUGCAUAGAAACCAAUUAUCAAAUUAAGUUUUGAAAGGGCAGAAAAAAUAAGAAUGAAUUUGGAAUAGGCCUUCGGAACUGAUUCAUUCUUAAAGGUAUACCAAAUUUUUAGAGGAUUGAGAGAGCAAUUGAGUGUAGAUGAAAUCUAUCAGCAAUAUGGACCUACCUAUGAGAGUUUGAUUCCAGAUAUUAAUUAGCAAUGUAUGUAGGAGUAAUUAUCAAAUUUAUUUAUAUUACUUGAAUUUGAUUUGGAGCAAUGA